AUGCUCUCCGGCUCUGUGCUGAGAACGCAGCUCCGCCCUCGCAAAGGCACACAGCGCCGGCGCCAGCGCGGCGUAGAGGCGGACAGCGGCGGAGAGGCGCCCCGCGCCGGUGCAGAGAGGCGCACGUAUCUCAGGCCCAGGCUCCACUCCCCAGCUCUGAAAGCCGCGGACCCCGGGGGCGACGCAGUGGCGAAGUCGGGCUGUGGGCCCAGCGGCGGCACCAGGCGGAGAAGCACCACUCAACCCCAUCCCUGGGCUGCAGAGGGCCCAGCGCGGGAGUGGCUCCGAGCGUCCGCAGCCGGUGGAAGAGGAGAAGAGCGCGUGGGCGACAGUCAAACAGGCCCUGGGGCAGGGCGCGCCUCGCGCUCCAGGGAGCCCCGCCAGCCCGCGGCAUCUGCGCAGCAACCGCCGCCUGCACUGGGCGCGCGCGAGAGAGCUGCUAGGGCGGUUUCUCCCCCUCGGGCCUGUUGGGCGGGCCGGCUAAGGUGCGCGUGCUCGCUGGUCCUAACUGUUCUGUUGGGCGUUUCUGCUGAGAGGCGGGAGGCGCUGAGAGUCUGUGCGAAGGUCCGUGGACAGACUGCAUUAUUUGUUGUUGCGCUUCGGAGGCGGCGAUUCCCGAAGGCGAGCUACGGCUGGAGCAUUCCCAGGCUACAAUUUGCAGCCAUGAUUGUGGAAGACUACGAGGAGGACUGGUGGCCCACCCUCAGGGAGCGCUUGUGCUCGGAUGGCUUCUCAUUUCCCCAAUACCACAUUAAAUCGUCUCAUCUGAGGAGGAUCCACAGAGCUGUCUUCAAUGGUAAUCUGGAGAAACUGCGCUACCUUCUGAUGACAUUUCAUGACGCCAAUAAGAGAGACGACAAGGGAAGGACUGCCCUACAUUUGGCCUGUGCCACUGGCCAACCGGAAAUGGUAUUUCUGCUGGUGUCCGCAAGAUGUGAGCUUAACCUCUGCGACCGUGAAUGCAGGACACCUCUGAUCAAGGCUGUACAACUGAGGCAGGAGGCUUGUGCAACUAUUCUGCUGCAAAAUGGCGCCAAUCCAAAUAUUAUGGAUUUCUUUGGAAGGACUGCUCUACACUAUGCUGUGUAUAACGAAGAUACAUCCAUGAUAGAAAAACUUCUUUUAUAUGGUACAAAUAUUGAAGAAUGCAGCAAGACUGAACGUCAACCACUUUUAUUUGCUGUAUGUCAAAGAAAACUGAAAAUGGUGGAAGUUUUAUUAAAGAAAAAUGCAAAUAUAAAUGCAAUUGAUUGUCUUAGCAGAUCAGCCCUCAUACUUGCUGUUACUCUUGGAGAAAAAGAUAUAGUCAUUCUUCUUCUGCAGCACAAUAUUGAUGUGCUUUCUCAAGAUGCAUAUGGAAAGAUUGCAGAAGAUUAUGCCAUUGAGGCUGAGAAUAUAGUCAUUUUCAAACUAAUUUCUGAAUACAGAAGAAAGAAAUGUGAAGAGCUUUCUAUAUAUUGCAAUCCAGUGUCUUCUCAACCAGCCUUGAAGGCUACAAGUGACAAGAAAGAUUCUGUUUCAAAUAUAGCCACAGAAAUAAAGGAUGGAGAAAAAUCUGGAACAGUGUCUUCUCAGAAACAACCGGCCUUGAAGGAUACAAGUGACAAGAAAGAUUCUGUUUCAAACAUAGCCACGGAAAUAAAAGAUGAACAAAAAUCUGGGACAGUGUCUUCUCAGAAACAACCGGCCUUGAAGGAUACAAGUGACAAGAAAGAUUCUGUUUCAAACAUAGCCACGGAAAUAAAAGAUGAACAAAAAUCUGGGACAGUGCUUCCUGCUGUUGAACAGUGUUUAAACAGGAGUCUCUACAGACCGGAUACUGUUGUACAGCCUGUGACAGAGGAUGAGUUUGAUUUGGAAUCUGAGAUUAUUUCAAAACCAUACAUCCCAAAGAGAAGGAUUAUUUCUGUACAAUCUACAGAAGAUGUGCCUCCUCCUACUAAAGAGUGUUUUCACAGGAGUCUCUACAGACCGGAUACUGUUGUACAGCCUGUGACAGAGGAUGAGUUUGAUUUGGAAUCUGAGAUUAUUUCAAAACCAUACAUCCCAAAGAGAGGGAUUAUUUCUGUACAAUCUACAGAAGAUGUGCCUCCUCCUACUAAAGAGUGUUUUCACAGGAGUCUCUACAGACCGGAUACUGUUGUACAGCCUGUGACAGAGGAUGAGUUUGAUUUGGAAUCUGAGAUUAUUUCAAAACCAUACAUCCCAAAGAGAGGGAUUAUUUCUGUACAAUCUACAGAAGAUGUGCCUCCUCCUACUAAAGAGUGUUUUGACAGGAGUCUCUACAGACCGGAUACUGUUGCACAGCCUGUGACAGAGGAUGAGUUUGAUUUGGAAUCUGAGACUAUUUCAAAACUAUACAUCCCGAAGAGAAAGAUUAUGUCUCUACGACCUAUAGAAGAUGUGCUUCCUCCUGUUGAAGAGUGUAUUGACAGGUGUCUCUCCCUACUGAAUAGUAUUGCACAGCCUGUGACAAAGGAUAAGUUUCCUUUGGAAUCUGAGGAAGGGAAAGCACUACCAGCAACUGGAGAAAAAGCAAAUGUGUCUCCUGAGCAACUGCCUUUAUUCACGCAUACGGUGAAAGACAGAGAUCACAUUUCAACUAGAUUCUUAGGAAGUAUGGAUUCACUAACUUCCAGCGAAGAAUCUUCUGAGCGACCUCCUUUAUCCACGCUUACUCUGAAAGAGGCAGAUCCUAGUUCAAAAGUACCCAUGAGAAGGAAGGAUUCACCACCUCCAGGAAAAGUGUCCUCUCAGAAAGAACCAGCUGAGAAGGCUACAAGUGACGAGAAAGAUUCUGUUUCGAAUAUAGCCACAGAAAUAAAGGAUGGACAACAAUCUGGGACAGUGUCUUCUCAGAAAGAACCAGCUGAGAAGGCUACAAGUGAUGAGAAAGAUUCUGUUUCGAAUAUAGUCACAGAAAUAAAGGAUGGACAACAAUCUGGGACAGUGUCUUCUCAGAAGGAACCAUCUGAGAAGGCUACAAGUGACGAGAAAGAUUCUGUUUCGAAUAUAGCCACAGAAAUAAAGGAUGGACAACAAUCUGGGACAGUGUCUCCUCAGAAACAAUCGGCCUGGAAGGUUAUAUUUAAAAAGAAAGUUUCUCUUUUGAAUAUUGCCACAAGAAUAAUGGGUGGUUGGAAAUCUGGAACAGUGUCUUCUCGGAAACAACCAGCUGAGAAGGCUACAAGUGACAAGACAGAUUCUGCUUUGAAUAUAGCUACAGAAAUAAAGGAUGGACUACAAUGUGGGACAGUGUCUUCUCAGAAACAACCAGCCUUGAAGGGUAAAACUGAUGAGAAGGAUUCUGUUUCAAAUAUCGCCACAGAAAUAAAGGAUGGAGAAAAAUCUGGGAGAGUAUCUUCUCAGAAACCACCAGCCUUGAAGGCUACAACUGACGAGAAAGAUUCUGUUUUGAAUAUAGCCACACAAAUAAAGGAUGGAGAAAAAUCUGGGACAGUGUCUUCUCAGAAACCACCAGCCUUGAAGGGUACAAGUGACGAGAAAGAUUCUGUUUCAAAUAUAGCCAGAGAAAAAAAGGAUGCAGAAGAAACUAGUACAGUGUCUUCUCAGAAGCCACCAGCCUUGAAGGCUACAAGUGACGAGAAAGAUUCUGUUUCAAAUGUAGCCACACAAAAAAAGGAUGGAGAAAAACCUGGCACAGUGUCUUCUCAGAAACAUCCAGCUGAGAAGGCUACCAGUGACGAGAAAGAUUCUGUUUCGAAUAUAGCCACAGAAAUAGAGGAUGGACAACAGUCUGGGACAGUGUCUUCUCAGAAACCACCAGCCUUGAAGGCUACAAGUGACGAGAAAGAUUCUGUUUCAAAUGUAGCCACACAAAAAAAGGAUGGAGAAAAAUCUGGCACAGUGUCUUCUCAGAAACCACCAGCCUUGAAGGGUACAAGUGACGAGAAAGAUUCUGUUUCAAAUAUAGCCAGAGAAAAAAAGGAUGCAGAAGAAACUAGUACAGUGUCUUCUCAGAAACCACCAGCCUUGAAGGCUACAAGUGAUGAGAAAGUUUCUGUUUCGAAUGUAGCCACACAAAAAAAGGAUGGAGAAAAAUCUGGCACAGUGUCUUCUCAGAAAGAGCCAGCUGAGAAGGCUACCAGUGACGAGAAAGAUUCUGUUUGGAAUAUAGCCACAGAAGUAGAGGAUGGACAACAAUCUGGGACAGUGUCUUCUCAGAAACCACCAGCCUUGAAGGCUACAAGUGACGAGAAAGAUUCUGUUUCAAAUAUAGCCACACAAAUAAAGGAUGGAGAAAAAGCUGGGACAGUGUCUUCUCAGAAAGAACCAGCUGAGAAGGCUACCAGUGACAAGAAAGAUUCUGUUUUGAAUAUAGCCACAGAAAUAAAGGAUGGACAACAAUCUGGGACAGUGUCUUCUCAGAAACCACCAGCCUUGAAGACUAGAAGUGACGAGAAAGAUUCUGUUUCGAAUGUAGCCACACAAAUAAAGGAUGGAGAAAAAUCUGUGACAGUGUCUUCUCACAAACCACCAGCCUUGAAGGUUACAAGUGACGAGAAAGAUUCUGUUUCAAAUAUAGGCACACAAAUAAAGGAUGGAGAAAAAGCUGGGACAGUGUCUUCUCAGAAAGAACCAGCUGAGAAGGCUACCAGUGACGAGAAAGAUUCUGUUUCGAAUAUAGCCACAGAAAUAAAGGAUGGACAACAAUCUGGGACAGUGUCUCCUCAGAAACAAUCGGCAUGGAAGGGUAUAUUUAAAAAGAAAGUUUCUGUUUUGAAUAUUGCCAGAAGAAUAAUGGGUGGUCGGAAAUCUGGAACAGAGUAUCCUGAGAAUCUGCCCACCUUGAAGGCUACAAUUGAAAAUAAAGAUUCUGUUCUGAAUACAGCCACCAAAAUGAAGGAUGUACAAACAUCCACACCAGUUACAGAUUGUGUUCACCUAUUGAAAAUUAAAAAUACAUCUUGUUUAUGUAAAAGAUCAAUAGAACUUAAGGAUAAUCACUGUGAGCAACUUAGAGUAAAAAUUCAAAAAAUGAAAAAUAAGGCUAGUGUACUACAAAAGAGACUAUCUCAAAAAGAAGAAAUAAAAUCACAGUUAGAGCAUGAAGCACUUGAAUUGGAAAAAGAACUCUGUAGUUUGAGAUUUGCCAUACAGCAAGAAAAAAAGAAAAGAAGAAAUGUUGAAGAGUUGCACCAAAAAGUUAGGGAAAAGUUAAGAAUAACAAAAGAGCAAUGUAGGACAGAAGCUGAUGUGACAAAACAAAUUAAACUGGCUCUCAAAUCAGCAGAGGUGGAAUUGAAGACAGGAGGAAAUAAUUCAAAUCAGAUUUCUGAAACUGAUGAAAAAGAAGAAGACCUGCUGCAUGAAAACAGCUUGAUGCAAGAUGAAAUUGCCAGGCUCAGGCUGGAAAAAGACACAAUAAAAAACCAAAACCUGGAAAAGAAAUACUUAAAAGACUUUGAAAUUGUGAAAAGAAAGCGUGAAGACCUUCAAAAGACUCUAAAACGGAAUGAAGAAACAUUAGCAAAAACGAUAGCCUGUUAUAGUGGACAGCUUGCUGCUCUGACGGAUGAAAACACAACGCUCCAUUCCAAACUGGAGAAGCAAAGAGAGAGCAGGCAAAGACUGGAAACAGAAAUGCAAUCAUACCGUUGUAGACUGAAUGCUGCUCUAUGUGAUCAUGAUCAAAGUCACUCAUCAGAAAGAGACCAAGAGCUUGCGUUCCAGGGCACAGUAGAUAAAUGGUGUCAUUUACAGGAAAAUUUGAAUUCUUGUGUUCUGAUUCUCUCUCUGCAACUUUCUAAAGCUGAGAGUAAGUCCAGAGUCCUCGAAACUGAGCUGCAUUACACAAGAGAGGCUCUGAAAGAAAAGGCUUUGGUUUUUGAAUACGUGCAAAGUGAGCUAAAGCAAAAACAGAGUCGAAUGAAGGACAUUGAAAAAAUGUACAAAAGUGGAUACAAUAGAAUGGAAAAAUGCAUAGAAAAGCAGGAAAGAUUUUGUCAACUAAAAAAACAAAAUAUGUUGCUUCAACAGCAACUGGAUGAUGCUCGCAACAAAGCUGACAAUCAAGAAAAAGCAAUACUUAAUAUUCAAGCCAGAUGUGAUGCUAGAGUACAAAACCUUCAAGCUGAGUGCAGAAAGCGCUGUCUUUUACUAGAAGAAGACAGUAAAAUGUUGGUCAAUGAAUUGAAUCAUUGGAAAGGAAAAGAACGCCAGUAUGAAGAAGAGAAAGCAGAAAGAGAAGUAGCUGUGAGACAGCUUCAACGAAAACGAGAUGAUGUCUUAAACAAACAAUCAGCAACAAAAGCUUUGCUGGAUGCUUCAUCGCGUCACUGCAUCUAUUUAGAAAAUGAGAUGCAGGAUUCAAGGAAGAAAUUAGACCAAAUGAGAAGUCAAUUUCAAGAAAUACGGGAUCAACUUACAGCUACUGUAAGAUGUAUCAAGGAGAUGGAAGGCGACGCACAAAAGCUUGAAGUAGAAAAUGCCAUGAUGAGAAAAACGAUUAAAAAACAGGAUGACCAAAUUGAGCGGCUUGAGAAAAUCCUGCAGCAUUCAAGUUUGAUGCUGCAGGUGUUCAAGAGCUAGAUGAAGCAUCCAGCCGAACUAGACUACAUGGAGCUCCACAGUGAUCGUCCUCACCUCCAGCUCUUUGCAUUUACUUCUUCCCUCUAUCCUACAUGUGUUUUCCUUCCCCUUCAAAUAUCAACCUAUGACUUGCCUCUACUAAAAAGCCUACAAUAUUGACACAAAUCUGGGCUAGUAUCCCUUCUAUGCCUUCCAGUAAGUGGUGUCUUAUGCCUGUCAUUGUAUGUAUGACUCUGUAUGGGAAUUGCCUGUUUGUUUUUUCAGAUUAUAGCAUACAGUUGUUGAAGGGUGGACCGUAUCAUCUUUAUCUUGUUAUUCCAGUGCUUGUCCUAGUACCUUAGCACAUGGUUGCUGAAUACAUGAAUGAAGAGUGAGAAACCAGAAGCUCUGAUACUUAACUGCCGUGAUAAUGAAUUCAGUGUGCAACUAUGGGCAAAUUAUAUUUAAUAGUAAUUGCAUAUUGUACAUAUUUUUCAUUCUUAUUAACACUGAUAAACUUUUCAACUUAUACUGACUUUCUCUUAGUUAACUGUGAAAUCAUUUAGAUAAAGAAUAUAAUUCUUUUUCAUUCUAACUUCUGAAUUUAAAUCUGAAUCCUCUAUAGCAGUGGUCCCCAACCCCCAGGCCACAGUCAGGUCCAUGACCUGUUAGGAACCAGGCUGCACAGCAGGAGGUGAGUGGCAGGCAAGCGAGUGAAGCUUCAUCUGUAUUUCCAGCCACUCCCCGUUGCUCACAUUAUCACCUGAGCCCUGCCUCCUGUCAGAUCAGCAAAGGCAUUAGAUUCUCAUAGGAGUGAAAAUCCUAUUGUGAAUUGCACGUUCAAGGGAUCUAGGUCACAUGCUCCUUAUGAGACUCUAAUGCCUGAUGAUAUGUCAUUGUCUCCUCUCUCUUCACGAUGGGACCAGCUAGUUACAGAAAAACAAGCUCAGGACUCCCAUUGAUUCUACAUUAUGAUGAGUUGUAUAAUUAUUUCAUUAUGUAUUACAAUGUAGUAAUAAUAGAAAUAAAGUGCACGAUAGAUGUAAUAUGCUUGAAUCAUCAUCCUGAAACCAUCCCCCAAACCCCCAUCUGUGGAAAAAUUAUCUUUCACAAAACUGGUGCCUGGUGCCAAAAAGGCUGGGGACUGUUGCUCUAUGGCUUCUGCACUAGAAUCUACUAAUGAGUAAAAUCUAAAUCAAUAACUAGUUUUAAAAGCAUAAUAAGAAUUUGUGCUGGCUGGCUGCAGUGGCUUAUGCCUGUAUUCUCAGCACUUUGGGAGGCCAGUGCGGGUGGAUCACUUGAGGUCAGGAGUUCAAGACCAGCCUGGCCAAUAUGGUGAAAUCCUGUCUGUACUAAAAAUACAAAAAUUAGCUGGGUGUGGUGGUGCAUGCCUAUAGUCUCAGUUACUUGGGAGGCCGAGGUGGGAGAAUCACUUGAACCCGGGAGGCAGAGGUUUCAGUGAGCCAAGAUCGUGCCACUGCACUCCAGCCUGAGCGACAGAGUGACUCCAUCUCAAACGCAAAACAAAACAGAAAGAAUACGUGCUGACAAAAAAAAUCUAAAAGAUAAUAAAAUUGUAUUACUAGGCUAUUAACAUGAUAUUUUGUUUCCCAUUAAAUAUGUGACAUGCAAAGAUGUUUAUUAAAUGAAAAUAUUUUUGUAUCUUUUAUGUCUGAUGAAAAUUUAUAUCGUGUUUUAAAUAAUGUUUCUUGGCCUCUUUAACUUUUUAUUUUUUUAUUAUUUUUUUUUGAGACGGAGUCUGGCUCUGUCGUCCAGGCUGGAGUGCAGUGGCAUGAUCUUGGCUGACUGCAAGCUCUGCCUUCUGGGUUCAUGCAGUUCUCCUGCCUCAGCCUCCCGUGUAGCUGCGACUACAGGUGCCCGGCUAGUUUUUUUUUUGUAUUUUUAGUAGAGAUGGGGUUUCUCCAUGUUAGCCAGGAUGGUCUCCAUCUCCUGACCUUGUGAUCUGCCCGCCUCGGCCACCCAAAGUGCUGGGAUUACAGGCGUGAGCCACUGUGCUGAGCCUGAAUAUCUUAUUACCUAAAUAACUUCCCACUCUGCUCACACCCACAAUCUUUCUAUAAUCCACAUUCUCUCCUGAGACAAGAGCUUGGGAAGUUCCAUCUUGCUGAGGGAAAUUUAUAUUGUUCAGGAAUUCUUUAAUAAGGUUUUACACAGUUGGGGAAACCAGGGAAAAGCAGGUUUGUCACUGCUUUGCUGAGGAGCACUGACUCACAUGCCUUGGAAGAAUUUAGUAAACCUUCAAUAGAUGGCCUAAGAUACUAACAGGGGCCAUCUCAUUAAGCUACACAGUUAUUUAUAAAUGAAAGUAUAAUCUAGAACUUACAUGUCAAAGUCUUCCACUAAAAAGAUGGCAAGUAUUUGGCUAAAACUGCAAUGUUUGUCCCAGUUGACAAAACUCUAAUCAAGUCCCUGCCCUUCUCAUUCUGUUUUUCCCUAUUAAACUUUUUUUUUUACAUUUUAAUUUUUCAUUUGACAAAUGCAUAUUUCUUCUUUAUACCACGUUUCCAAGUGUCACUCUGAUAUAUACCUUCAAUGACCAGACACAGGAUUGUGGAGAUUGUUGUGGACACUCAUCCCACGAAUAAGGAGACUCAGAUAACCUGAACAGAAGGCUCUAGAAAAGAAAGGAAACUUUCUUUUCCUUCCAUACAGAGCUUCCUCCCAUUAUUUCAGUGUACACAAACCAAUAUCAGUUCUUUAACACAAAAAUAAAAUACUCAAGAUCAAGCAAUUGUGAGAGGAAUGAUCUUUCCAGAAGUCAGUUCUUCUAGCGGCUACCUUCAGCAUAUACUACAUGAAUGAAAAGAAGUUGGUAAUGAGUAAAACUUUCCCACCUCAUUCCAUUUCUAUCUACCCAUUGACAACACCUUCAGUCUUCUCACAAAUAUUGAGUAGAAACACUGCCAACUCUUCACCUUUAUCUGGCUCAUUCCCAGAGCCAGGAGAAGAUGUGACUUAUUUGGUGGAUGGGAAAUCUUAUCCAUUGGUCCCAUCAAAUCCGUUGGUCCACGUUUGCCUGUUAGUAAGGCAAACUUACUCAAUGAUCAAUGAGUACAUCUAGUCUCUCUUUCUCCUCUGGAUUCUGAACAGGAGGAGUGGAACGCAGAUGCAGACCCUGCCUACACUGGUGGGUAACUGACUGUUCUUCAGAUGAACUUUUUUUUGUUCAGGUUCUAAAGUCAAGGCUGGGGGAAAUAUUGGAAGUCUUUUUUGGUCAACAGUAAGCCAUAGUUUCUAAAUCAGUUUUACAAGGAAUAAUGUAUUUGGAUACUGAUCUGACCUCUUGUUUUUAUUUCUAACUUGGUUUGGCACUGAAAAGGGAGAGGUUUGUUAUCAGUCCAUACCCCUAAUGCCCUGACACCCAUGAAUCCGUUUUAGUGGAAUCCAGAUCUCUAAGAAACAGAUAUAAAAUAUUUGAUUACUAUAUUUCCAACUAUGUUGCUGUCUGUAAGUAGAGUCUGCAUACAUGUUUCUGGUUCCUAUAUGCCUAGGGUUUCAGAGCAUUACAUUUCCAUCAAAAUGUAGAUCCCAAGAAUGCCAGAGAGGGUCAGGCAGAGGAUAGAACAGACAGUGAUUUUCAGAUACUGCAGUAGAAAGGUGGAUCCACCUCUUGACUGGUACUUGUAACCAUGAAGUGUGGGAAAGUAAUGACCAGACUGAGUAAAUGACCAGAAAUUCAAAACUAAGCCACAACAAAUUUGUCUAUUUCUGCUUUGGUUGACUGCUAUCAGGGUUACAUCAAAAACAGUAUUGCUGAGACCAGUGUUGUGGAGCUUUAACUCUAUGUUUUCUUCCAGUAAUUUUACAGUUCAGGCCUUCUAUUUAAAUCUUCAUUUGGAGUUGAUAUUAGUAUGUGGUGUAAGUUAAGGGACUAACUUUAUUUUUCCUGUGGAUAUUCAGUUUUCUCAACACCAUUUGUAUAACAGACUAUCCUUUAACUAUUGUGUGUCCUUGGCACCUUUGUCAAAAAUAAGUUGACCGUGUGUGGGUUUAUUUCUGGGUUUUCCAUUUUGUUUAGCCAAUUUGUCCGUUUAUAUGCCACUACCAUGCUAUUUGGAUUACAAUUGUUUUACAAUAUGUAAUAAAAUUAGGUAGCAUGCUGUCUCUAGCUUUGUUCUUUUUGUUCAAGAUUAUUUUGUCUAUUUUAGGUCUGUUCAAUACAAAUGUCAAGAUUUUUUUCCAUUUCUGUAAAAGAAUGGCAUUGGAAUUUUGAUAGUGAUUGCAUCAAAUAUGUUGCUUUUGGUAUUUUGUUCAUUUUCACAAUAUUAAUUCAUCCCAUCCACAAGCAUGAAUUUUUCAUUUACUUGUGUUUUUAAAUUUUUAUUCAUUGGUGUUUUAUAGUUUUUCAUAUACAGGACUUUUAAUUUUUUGCUUAAAUUUACACCUAAGUAUUUAAUUUGUAUUGCUAUCGUACUUGGGAUUUUUUUUAAAAUUUCUUCAGGUAGUUUGUUAUUUGUAUACAGAAACGCUUCUGAUCUUUGUUAGUUUAUUUUGUAUCCUGAAACCUUAUUGAAUUCAUGCAUCAGUUCUAACAGUUUUUGGUGGAAUACUUAGAGUUUUCUGUAUACAGAAUCAUGUUGUCUGCAAUUAGAGAUAAUUUCACUUAUUUUUUUUCUGAGUAGGAUGCUUUUAUUUUCUUUUCUUGUCUAAUUGUUCUGCCUAGGAAUUCCACUGUUACGAAGAAAAGAAGUGGUGAGAGUGGUCAUCAUUGUCUUGUCCCUGAACGUGGAGGAAAAGCUUUCAACUUUUCAUUGUUGAGAAUAAUGUUAGCUAAGAGCUUGUCAUACCUGGUUCUUUUUUGUGUCAAGAUACAUUUUCUCUACACUGAAUUUGUUGAGAGCUUUCAUCAUGAAAGGGUUUUAAAUUUUGUCAUGUGCUUUUUCUGCGUGUAUUGAGAGAAUCAUAUGAUUUUUGUCUUUGACUUUGUUCAUGCAUUUUAUCACAUGUAUUCAUAUGCAUAUGAUGAAACCACCUUGCAUCCAAAAGAUAAAUCCCACUUGAUCAUGGUGAAUGAUUCCAUUCAUAUAUUCUUAAAUUUGGUUUCUAAUAUUUUGUUGAAGAUUUUUGUAUCAGGGUUCAUUACUGACAUUGGCCUAGUAUUUUUGUCUCUUGUAGUGUCCUUGUCUGUCUUUGGUAUCAGAAUGAUGGUAGCCUAAUAAAAUGAGUUUGGAAAUA